UCUAGUGUGUGACUGCGAGUCUGUGAGGGAGUGAGUGUGUGUGUGUGAAAGGUGUUGAGGUGAGGCGGAGGCAAGAAAAGGGGCUCCCUCUGAAGCGAGGGACAAAGGGGGUGUGAGGCACCUAAGCCGCGGGACCCCAGCGACAGGAAGCCGCCCCGAGCCGGGCUACCGGGUAGGGGAAGGGCCCGCGCAAUCCUCACAGGGCCCCAGAGCCGGAGACGGCCCCACAACCGCGGGCCGUCGGUUUCCUACUUCCUCGACCUCCUGGGCGCCCGGGUCUGGAGACUGGCUCGGCGUGGGGAGAAGGGGAAACAGACUUGAGCAGCUACCCGUUGUCUCGCAACUCCACUGCUGAGGAACUCUCAUUUCUUCACUCGCCCCUUCACCACCACCACCCCCCACCUCAUGUAGGAGGGUGCUGAGGAGUCGGGAGGGAGGAGGAGCCUGGACUACCGUCCCUUCCCUCCCCUCCCCCUUCUAGGGGCGCUUUGGUGGGCGUGGAGUUGGGGUUGGGGGGAGGGUGGGGGACUUUUUGGAGUGCUGGGGAACUUUUUCCCCUUCUUCAGGCCAGGGGAAAGGGAAUGCCCAAUUCAGAGAGACAUGGGGGCAAGAAGGACGGGAGUGGAGGAGCUUCUGGAACUUUGCUGCCGUCAUCGGGAGGUAGCAGCUCCAACAGCAGAGAGCGUCACCGCCUGGUGUCGAAGCACAAGCGGCAUAAGUCCAAGCACUCCAAAGACAUGGGGUCGGUGACCCCCGAAGCAUCAUCCUUGGGUGCAAUUAUCAAACCUUUGGUAGAGUAUGAUGACAUCAGCUCUGAUUCAGACACCUUCUCUGAUGACAUGGCCUUCAAACUAGACAGGAGGGAGAAUGAUGAACGUCGUGGAACUGAUCGAAGUGACCGCCUUCACAAACAUCGUCACCAUCAACACAGGCGGUCCCGGGACUUAUUAAAAACUAAACAGGCCGAAAAAGAAAAAAACCAGGAAGUCUCCAGCAAGUCGGGAUCGAUGAAGGACCGGAUAUCAGGAGGUUCAAAGCGUUCAAAUGAGGAGAAUGAUGACUAUGGGAAAGCACAGAUAUCCAAAAGCAGCAGCAAGGAAUUCAGGUCAUCCAAACUCCAUAAGGAGAAGACCCGGAAAGAACGUGAGUUGAAGUCUGGGCACAAAGACCGGAGUAAAAGUCAUCGGAAAAGGGAAACACCCAAAAGUUACAAAACAGUGGAUAGCCCAAAACUGAGAUCCAGAAGUCCCCACAGGAAAUGGUCUGACAGCUCCAAACAAGAUGAUAGCCCUUCAGGAGCUUCGUAUGGCCAAGAUUAUGACCUUAGUCCCCCAAGAUCUCACACCUCUAGCAAUUAUGACUCCUACAAGAAGAGUCCUGGAAGUACCUCAAGAAGGCAGUCGAUUAGUCCACCAUACAAGGAGCCAUCGGCCUACCAGUCCAGCACCCGGUCACCCAGUCCCUACAGUAGACGACAGAGGUCUGUGAGUCCCUACAGCCGGAGACGGUCGUCCAGCUAUGAAAGGAGUGGCUCUUACAGUGGGAGAUCACCCAGUCCCUAUGGUCGAAGGCGGUCCAGCAGCCCUUUCAUGAGCAAGCGGUCUCUGAGUCGGAGUCCACUCCCCAGUAGGAAAUCCAUGAAGUCCAGAAGUAGAAGUCCUGCGUAUUCAAGACACUCAUCCUCUCAUAGUAAAAAGAAGAGAUCCGGGUCACGCAGUCGUCAUUCCAGUAUCUCACCUGUCAGGCUUCCUUUGAAUUCCAGCUUGGGAGCUGAACUCAGUAGGAAAAAAAAGGAAAGAGCAGCUGCUGCUGCUGCAGCAAAAAUGGAUGGAAAAGAAUCCAAAGGUUCACCUAUAUUUUUGCCUAGAAAAGACAACAGUUCACUAGAGGCUAAGGAUUCAGGCUUGGAGUCUAAAAAGUUACCCAGAGGUGUAAAAUUGGAAAAAUCUGCCCCAGAUACUGAACUGGUGAAUGUAACACAUUUAAACAUAGAGGUCAAAAAUUCUUUAGAUACAGGGAAAGUAAAGUUGGAUGAGAACUCAGAGAAGCAUCCUGUUCUUAAAGAUUUGAAAGCACAGGGAACAAGAGACUCUAAACCCAUAGCAUUGAAAGAGGAGAUUGUCACUCCAAAGGAGACAGAGACAUCAGAAAAGGAGACCCCUCCACCUCUCCCCACAAUAACUUCUCCUCCACCCCCUUUACCAACUACUACUCCUCCACCUCAGACACCCCCUUUGCCACCUUUGCCUCCACUACCAGCUAUUGCACAGCAACCACCUCUGCCUCCUCCCCAACCAGCAUUUAGUCAGUUUCCUGCUUCCGGUACUUCAACUUUGCCCCCUUCUACUCACCCAAGGACAUCUGCUUUGUCCUCUCAGGCAAAUUCUCAGCCCCCUGUACAGGUUUCUGUGAAGUCUCAAGUAUCUGUAACAGCUGCUGUUCCACACCUGAAAACUUCAACAUUGCCUCCUCUGCCCCUCCCACCCUUAUUACCUGGAGACGAUGACAUGGAUAGUCCAAAAGAAACUCUUCCUUCAAAACCUGUAAAGAAAGAGAAGGAACAGAGGACACGUCACUUACUCACAGACCUCCCUCUCCCUCCAGAGCUCCCUGGUGGAGAACCAUCUCCCCCAGACUCUCCAGAACCAAAGGCAGUCACACCACCUCAACAACCAUAUAAAAAAAGACCAAAAAUUUGUUGUCCUCGUUAUGGAGAAAGAAGACAAACAGAAAGCGACUGGGGGAAACGCUGUGUGGACAAGUUUGACAUUAUUGGCAUUAUUGGAGAGGGAACCUAUGGCCAAGUAUAUAAAGCCAAGGACAAAGACACAGGAGAACUAGUGGCUUUGAAGAAGGUGAGACUAGACAAUGAGAAAGAGGGCUUCCCAAUCACAGCCAUUCGUGAGAUCAAAAUCCUUCGUCAGUUAAUCCACCGAAGUGUUGUUAACAUGAAGGAAAUUGUCACAGAUAAACAAGAUGCGCUGGAUUUCAAGAAGGACAAAGGUGCCUUUUAUCUUGUGUUUGAGUAUAUGGACCAUGACUUAAUGGGACUGCUAGAAUCUGGUUUGGUGCACUUUUCUGAGGACCAUAUCAAGUCAUUCAUGAAACAGCUAAUGGAAGGAUUGGAUUACUGUCACAAAAAGAAUUUCCUGCAUCGGGAUAUUAAGUGUUCUAACAUUUUGCUGAAUAACAGUGGGCAAAUCAAACUAGCAGAUUUUGGACUCGCUCGGCUCUAUAACUCUGAAGAGAGUCGCCCUUACACAAACAAAGUCAUUACUCUGUGGUACCGACCUCCAGAACUGCUGCUGGGAGAGGAGCGUUAUACACCAGCCAUAGAUGUUUGGAGUUGUGGAUGCAUCCUUGGGGAACUGUUCACAAAGAAGCCUAUUUUUCAAGCCAAUCUGGAACUGGCUCAGCUAGAACUGAUCAGCCGACUCUGUGGUAGCCCUUGUCCAGCUGUGUGGCCUGAUGUUAUCAAGCUGCCCUACUUCAACACCAUGAAACCGAAGAAGCAAUAUAGAAGGCGCCUGCGAGAAGAAUUCUCUUUCAUUCCUUCAGCAGCACUUGAUUUAUUGGACCACAUGCUGACACUGGAUCCUAGUAAGCGUUGCACAGCCGAACAGACCCUACAGAGUGACUUCCUAAAAGAUGUUGAGCUCAGCAAAAUGGCUCCUCCAGACCUCCCCCACUGGCAGGAUUGCCAUGAAUUGUGGAGUAAGAAACGGCGACGGCAGAGACAAAGUGGUGUUGUGGUGGAAGAACCACCUCCAGCCAAAGCCUCUCGAAAAGAAACUACCUCAGGGACAAGUGCUGAGCCUGUGAAGAACAGCAGCCCAGCACCACCUCAGCCUGCUCCUGGCAAGGUGGAGCCUGGGGCUGGGGAUGCAAUAGGCCUCGGUGACAUCACACAGCAGCUGAAUCAAAGUGAAUUAGCAGUGUUAUUGAACCUGCUUCAGAGCCAGACUGACCUGAGUGUCCCUCAAAUGGCACAGCUGCUUAACAUCCACUCUAACCCAGAGAUGCAGCAGCAGCUGGAAGCCCUGAACCAAUCCAUUAGUGCCCUGACGGAAGCCACUUCUCAGCAGCAGGACUCAGAGCUCAUAGCCCCAGAGGAGCCUUUGAAGGAGGCACCCCCUGCUCCAGUGGUCCUGCCUUCAGCAGAACAGAUGACCCCUGAAGCUUCAAGCACACCAGCUGACAUGCAGAAUGUGUUGGCAGUUCUCUUGAGUCAGCUUAUGAAAACCCAGGAGCCAGCAGGCAGCCUGGAGGAAAACAACAGUGACAAGAGCAGUGGGCCACAGGGGCCCCGAAGAACUCCCACAAUGCCACAGGAGGAGGCAGCAGCAUGUCCUCCUCACAUUCUUCCACCAGAGAAGAGGCCCCCUGAGCCCCCCGGACCUCCACCGCCGCCACCUCCACCCCCUCUGGUUGAAGGCGAUCUUUCCAGCGCCCCCCAGGAGUUGAAUCCAGCCGUGACAGCCGCCUUGCUGCAACUUUUAUCCCAGCCUGAAGCAGAGCCUCCUGGCCACCUGCCACAUGAGCACCAGGCCUUGAGACCAAUGGAGUACUCCACCCGACCCCAUCCAAACAGGACUUAUGGAAACACUGAUGGGCCUGAAACAGGGUUCAGUGCCACUGACACUGAUGAACGCAACUCUGGUCCAGCCUUGACAGAAUCCUUGGUCCAGACCCUGGUGAAGAAUAGGACCUUCUCAGGCUCUGUGAGCCACCUUGGGGAGUCCAGCAGUUACCAGGGCACAGGGUGGCAGCAGCAGCAGAGAUGGCUCCUGAGGAAUUGGGUGAUGUCCAUCAGACACCUUGCAUCCAGAGCCCAACAAAUUCAAUCUCUUCCACAGAACCUAAAGCCAGGUUCAGUGGGAGAUUCCACCUGUCCAAAUGCUGUGUGAGACACCAGAGUAGAAGCUUGCAAGCCUGCUUCCUCCAUCCCCAAUGCCCAGGCCAGGGAACAGGUCACCAGCCUGCAGUACCCACCCUCACUUUUGUCCGCUGAUGUGGAAACCGAGACCCAGAAGGGAGAAAUCAGUUGAAUUCUGUCCUGGAGUUGUCUUGUGUUCCUGAAUUUGGAGAAUUCCUGGGAUCACAGGGAAAGGAAAGUUUUUCCCAUUGGUUGGGGAAAGAUCUGGAUGUCUGAACCUCCCACCUUGACACCUUGAAGGUUGUUUUGCAGAUUCCCUCUCUGUAGCUACCAAAGCCAUGGAGGAGAGAUUCCUAGAGAUAAAGGAGGAGGCUAUGGUCUUGCAGGCAACUCUACUCCUGGCCACCUCAUCCCUUCCAGUCUAAGAGGACAUAAGAAAAAUAAGACUGACAUGGAUGGAGCCUUUGAUCAAUCUACCCACAGACCUGAGACCUGGAAUGGGGAAGGGAGGAUCCAGCCUUUGGAUAUCUAUCAAAGGAUGAGUGAUCAAGGUCUUCCUUGGGAAUAUGAAGCAAAAUGUGUUUCUGUGGUCUGAGGAGAUUGAGGCCCAGGACAAGUGAGCUCUCUAUCCUGGAGGGGGAAAAACUUGGUAUCUGUGCCAACUUUUUUCCUCCUCCCCUCCUCCCUCUCUCUUCUCCUUCCCCUCUUCCAACUGCUGCCAGCCGGCAUCGGCGCCGAAUUGCCAUCUCCUUGAGCUCUCUGUGGAGCAAUCUCAGAGAGCAGUAAGGUGUGACGCCGGGCUCUGCCGGCUUCGCAGCACCGCCUGCGGAAAGAGCGCAGGAUGGCGGAGGAAGAUUAAGAGAAAUCGCAAGCAGGGCUCGGCUGCCAUUGGUGUGUGCAAACGCCGAGGAGGAAGGGAGAGGGAGAGCGAGGGGGGAGAAAAGGGGGGAAAACCAGCAGCUGUCGGCCUAAUUCUUCUAACACUCUGCUUGUGGUCAUAUUAGAAAAACAGAUUAUGCCCCUCGGUGCCACUCACUUAUACUUGACAUACGUUAAUGUUCUAUAUCUCCAUUCUCCGGGUCUUGACGACGGUGGACUUGAGGUCGAGGAGAAUGGGGGCCUCGGUUGCCAAGGAGCACAAAAGACUCUGUUUUCUCAUUCUCUUUUGGCCUCCAACCCCAGUCUCUACUCGCCCUUUAGGAAGCAAGCCUGGGCCCAGUUUGCAUCUGAUGCCAUCAUUUGGCCCUGCGUUUUGCAGCCCCUUAGGAGGUGCAGAGGUCGGAGGACACCUAGGAACCCCAUCUCUUAAAAGUCACUCUCCCCAUUACUCUUAAUAGGUCUGUUUAGGGCCAAGUGAGACCAGCUUUGUGGCACCCCCGCCCCUGACGGCCUUCUCCAUCAAAUCAGAAGUUGGGAGUCAAAGAAAGGGGUCUGUGAUAGCGGAUGCUCCAAAACAGGGUUACUUAGAAGCCAUAAGCAAAGCAAGGCCAGGAAUGUUUGAGUUGCUAUGGAAACCAGGUUCCUUCUUCCUGGCAGGAAGGGAGGAGUGCCUGAGGCCUUCCUCCUCCUACCAAUCCUGAAGGUUGUAAAGGCGGAGUUUGCUAGGGGGGAGGGCGGAGGGCUGGUCUUAGAGGACAAACCAAAGAUUCCCCACAGCUGGCCUGCCAGUCCAGAGCCCUUUGACCCCCACCUUCCCUAUCCGCCCACCCCAAUAUUCUGUCAAAAGAGACUUUUCCUCUGGUGCUUUGUCCUCUAUGGAAACCUGUUGCUUAGCAACCACUAGUGCUUCUUCCUAAUAAGUCACAGGGACUGAGAGAUAUAAUAUCUGUCUAUCUUCAGUUGCCCUUCCCUGUCUAUAUUUAAUAACUGGAGCCCUGUCUUGGGUUCCCUUGGCACCCCCUGCUUUAGAGGGCUCUUAGAAGGAUUAAGCUGCAGCCUGAAGAAAGAAGGUUACACCCAAGAAAGAACUUCUGAACAAAGAAGAAUAGGAGAAAAGACUGGAGUAGGUAGGGGAUCAAGGGAAGCUGUGGCAUCUUAUUCUCUUAAGUAUAGGUAGAGAGAAAAAGAAGUAUUCAGAACUUGGAAUGUGGGAAGAAGGUGUCCACAGGGCCAGCUCCAGAACCUGGAGUGGACCCUAACAGCUGCUUCCCAGGCUGGCAUGUUCCACUCCCCACACCCUUCCCUGCCCCUGCUUCCUGACCAUUUCCAGUGUAGGUCCCUCCUAUAUUUCUGUAUGUGAGAGGCCCAUUGGAUCACCGGUUUCCUGGUGUCUGAAUGUUGGUGUCCAGAGAGGGGGAUGUGCUGAUGUCUAGCCCCCAAGGUUUGGGUAUCCCAAAGAUUUUCAGUCACUAGUUAGGAGUUCUUCUGAGCUCUAAACUGGAAAACCCCACACCUCAUCUGGCAGUGGAGGAUGUACAAUAUCACCAAAAAAAUGAGGAGCAAGGAAGGCCUAAGGUAGCCUAGUGCCUGUAUGCAGCACUGGGAGACCUGGAUUUGGGCUUCCCUCUCUUUACUUUCCUGUGAUCCCUGGCUAUCAUUCACUUAAUCUUUUAAACCCUUUGUUGCAUCAUCUGUAGACCAAGAACAAUAAUAUAUUUACCUCACUAGACUUUAGCAGGAUCACAUAAAAGAAUAUGUGAAAGAAAACACUCUGUAAAUUGUCGAAUUUAACUAAAAAAUACUAUCUUAAGGUCUGAAAAAGUUCUGAUUGCUUGGGAGAGGGAGAUGUCAUGAAUCCAGCCCAGCCCUGGGCUUAGAAAAGGCCCUUCCCACAGCUAUCUCCACUGCUGGUCUUCUAUUAGUUUGCUGGUGGGUAGGGCAGAGAGCUAAUAAAUCAAAAUUAAACACAAAGCUUGUCUAGGGAGAGUCAUGCCAGUGUCCCUAUCAUUCUCCUCAGCUCCAGUCCCAACUUUUGACCUCCAGACCUCAGCAGCCAAGACAGCAGACCUGCUGACACCCCACCCUAACCAUCCCUUUCCCCGGUCAGCAUCUUCACUGCCAUCAUGCUAGCUCACAGAUUGUACAGUUUCACCCGCCAUACCCCCCUUUUCCACACCUCUUCCAACCCAAGCCUUCUGUGGGAGACAGAUGGGGUGUCUGCGAUGGAAAAGGCUCUGGGCUCUACGCCGCCUUGGGUGGGCAGUCCCCCUCCCCUUCUCCUCACUACUCCUUCUCCCCACCUAAGACACUCAGAUUCACCCCGAGCAGCACUGGGAGCUGCUGAAGAUUCCAACUCUCUUUUCUUCUCAAGCUCAGCCCCAGAAGCAGAGCCAGAAUGGAAUCUUUCUCUGAGACCCAGACCCCAGCCCCUCUUCCUGGAAGAUCAGUGCAAAGGAGAAAGUAGGUUAGGGGAUGGUAGGGCUACAUGUGAUGGGACUAAUUGGAGAGAAAGGGAGAGGCCCAGUGCUUUUCACUGAGGACUAGAUGGCUGGGGUUUGGGGGCCUGAGUUGACAGACAAGGCUAAGCUUGGGCAGCUUCUUUGUUCUAGAAAUCUGGCAUCCCUGGAGGGAGGCUCAGCAUGGGGAUGGGGAAAGGGAGCUAACAUUACAGAGCACCAACUGUGAGCCAGGCACAAUGCCAGAGCCUUUCCAUACCUGUACUCACAACUAGCGGGUGAGGAGUCAGGGUAAAUAGAUGUCUCAUGAGCUCCCAGCAUCUCAACACAGUUAACCACCUCCUCCUUUGGUUCUGUGAUGUCACCGCCAGUUCUUCUGCCACUCUGGCUGUUCUUUCUCUGUCUACUUUGCAAACUCGUCCUCAACUCCUUAGACUCAGUCAAGUCCCCCAAUUAUAGUACUUUCGUGGCACUAUUUAUCUUUCAAUGCACUUAGCACAGUUAUUUCAUACUUAUUUGUGCAAUCAUUUGAAUAAUGAUCCUAGUUUCAUUGGAUGAAAAAUUCCAUAGGGGCAGUGACCACUGUGGAUGUGCCUGUGUUCACCAGUGUGCUCCCAGUGCCC